UAGACUUGUGGACUGUGUAUGCUCAUGAAUUGCUAAUGAGAUUAGUGGACAGAAUUCUGUUCAUCUCCAUUUUAAUGAUGCCAUGGUGAUAUCUACGCAGGCCAUUCAGUGACUUCUCAACACAAUAGCAGAAGGAAAUGCAGGAAGCGACAAACUCCAUCGCUCCUUCACUUGACUUGACGUCUUUAAAAAACGAAAAGUUCACCAUAUUUUUCAUCCUUUUUGGAUUCAAGCAAAUUUUGUUUGGUUUUAAUCAGCUCAUAAUUCACUAACGAACUUUAACAAACUUUCGUAUCUGAACUUUAAUGAAACUCAGCUAUGAGUUUUAUCAAAACUUUAUAUACUAAACCUUUUAGAGACCUCUUAUAGAGCCAGGUAGCAUUGCAUGUUCAAUAAACUCUUUUCGUCGUUAAGACACAUUGCCUCGUUAUGAUGAUGUGUCAACUACAAACUGAUACGAGGCUUGCUGCAAAAUUCUCCCUUGCGUAACCCUCCUGUUUAGUUUUGCUUUCAGAACGGCUUAGCCUGAAUCAUGCAUUGUUUCAAUUUCCCGGCUUUCAAAACUUGUUUUCGUGAUCGUUUUUAUCCUUUCUGUCAGAUUGGCUGCCCUCAGCUAGAGAUCAACUGCAUAAACUAAAUCAAACUGCUAGAACUACUAUUUUCAAAUUUCCCCUCGUAUCAAUAAAAUUUGUUUAAAUAAUUCAUAGCUCCAGAAAUGUUUUAUCCUGUAUUGCCGGCGUACUACCCGCAUCGAGACGAUUAUGGGCUCAAAGAUAUCUUUGCCUUGCAUUUGUACGUACUUUCUGAACUUUUAUACAAGGUGGAGUUUUACUGUCAAGCCUGAAGCUUAAUUUGGUACAUGUAAAGCUGGUUGUAACUUGCAGGUUUUGUCUGCCUUGGGAGAAAGUAAAGGACUGCAAUUUAAGCUUUUUCAUUUAGAGUCUGAAUCAAUGGCUACUUUCGGAUAUAUAACCUUGCAGACAAAAGACAUCGUCAGUUAACAAUAAUUUUUCUGAAAAAAUUUGUAUGCAUUAGAUUAUAAAAGUGGCAGAGAAGUUUUUAGUGUUAUUAUUAAAACUUUUUGUUUCAACAAAAAAUUGAUCAAUUAUCUGCAAAUGUAACCGCUAGAUUGCUGGCUGCCAAAAAUUUCUCAAAAACUCACUACAUGACGUAAAAGCCGCGUUUUGGUUCCGAGGAUUCUUUAUAACUGUAUCGUUGGCUCACACUGAUAAUUAUAAUCAUAAUAGCAAAUGCCUAUUGCUUCAGCCACCGCCAACGCUGCAGUUUUUCAUUGUGGUAUUAGAAGUUGGUUGGCAAAGAAAAUGUCAAUUGUUUUUAUUUGAGGCUAAUCAAACCGGAAUAGCUUAUAUCGAUUUGAUAACUUACGUUUCGCAUGAUAUAAACGUUCAAUAGAAGCACGAUUCAUUAUUAAACAUAUUAUGGUACUUUCCAUUAUAUCACGGGGCUGGGAACCACACAGCUGCAGUGACGCAACAGUUGACUGGAUAAAGCGGGGGGUCGUGAGCCAUCAAUGAAAUACCUAAAUAUAAAGCCAACUAUAGAAUUUUAAUAGAAUUAUCACGAGAAAAAUACGAUAUAUCGUAUUGUAGAUUCUUACAUUUUGCAGUUAUCCCAUAGAAAUGAAAGCAUUUAUUGUUUUAUACAAAAUGCGGGUAAAAAUCAAAGUUAAUACAUACUAACAAUUGAGACUCACUGUUAACUGUUGACCCCCUAGUCAUUCUCGACUUCGCAUUUACUUUCUUAGGUGCGUUUUUAUUGUUCAAAUCUUUCAAGAUAUUUGUCCAGUACCUCUUUUAGAGAAACAGAAGUUUCUUGUUGAUGGGUAUAGUCUAUUAAAGGGAAUACAGCGUGGUGUAUCAGGAAAGGAAGCAAGAAAUUCAAUUAUGGACAAAGUGAGCCUUGGAAGAAAAGGCUGCGGCGAUAAAGAAGAUCAAUCUCAGGAGUUUCGAUCAACAACGGAAAACAGUUAUUCAUCCCUAGUUCUUUCAUGGCUGGACCAAAAUUACGAACAAAAGGAAGGUUCAUGUCUCCCUCGGUGCAUGUUGUACGAACAUUACCUUGAAUUUUGUAGAAGCUCAGGCUGUGUUUCGAUUGGAGCUGCUAUUUUCGGAAAGCUCAUUCAUACAAAGUUUCGAUCACUGACAACUAGAAGACUGGGUACAAGAGGGCAAUCUAAGUACCACUAUUAUGGGCUUGCAUUAAAGGAAAAUUCGACAUCCAUUCCAAGAAGUAACUUGAAGCUAACAAGGUUUUCUGCAUUUUCUGACAGCCAGCAGUGCGAACAGACAAAGAAGCAACAAAAGCAUGCGUCUAUUUCAAUUUUAGAGGGUUUUCCGACGAUAGUGAAAACGAAAGCCGGCGACGGAAUGGCACAAAAGAAUUUUUCUAAGAUCGAAAGUUUCCUAGUCAUGUACAAAGCACAUUGUCAGCGGGUACUUGAGGCGGUUGUUGCUGCAAACUUUGAUGACGUGAAGUCAUUCAUUUUACAUUUCUGGUCCGGCAUGCCAUCUCACGUGACUGCAGUCUUAAAAAUGAAUGAGAUAGAAGAUCUUAUUUCCGCGUGUGAUACGGUCUUCUACAAGAACCUCAUCGAUAUUAUACUUCCGACUUCAGUCCAAGACCUUCCUGAUAGCUAUCGUUCGGAAAUAACAAAUUUCACAAAGAGUUUUCUACCAUGGCUGGACAUUUGCAUGAUGAACGUACCGUCGAAUUUGGUUGCAGCCAAAAUGAAUGUUGCCAGGACAUAUAUAAAGAUAAUCCAACGAGAGUUAUCAUUUUUAUCAUUUGCUCAGCCUGUUCUAACAAUUUUAUCAAAUCGUGAUCUCACGAACGAAAUUUCCAAAGAUAUAGAGAAAAUAGAUGUUCUAGAAGUUCUUGGAAUUUCACCUUUGGACCAAAGAAUGCAAAGUUGUACGAAGAUUCCGUUACUCGUCAAUCUGCAAAGUUUCUUGACUGAAGUGGUUCAUCUUUUGACAAGACAAGCCUCUCUUGGUGUCUUCCUUGGUUUGCUAGACAAGCUGGCACAUGACACACUUAUUAAGUCUGCAAAAGUUGCAGAUGGGAGAAGCAAAAUGACCAACAGUUCAUUUAUACUUCAGUUGUCGCUUGUACUUUCAAAAUUAAUGCAAGAUCUAACACUAAGAAGUGCUAAAACAUUUGGGUCCAUUCAUAUCCUGUGUUCUAUGUUCAUGGAGUACCUAUUUCUCGCAAUCGAAAGUAUGACGAUCAAAGAUGAAGAACGCUCCAUAUGGGAAAAGAUCAAGAAGUUUUCCUCUGACUGCAGCGAGGAAGCAUCGUCUGCGAAAGCUAUGAAACGCAAACCCAAUGGGCAACUGGGUGCUGAUCCAGUCUCCAAAAAACAAUGCCAGGCCGGUGAUCAACAGAACCAUAGCUUACAACAUCAAGAGAUUGUUAAAACACCUGUGACUCUGAGCUUUCCUACACCAAAGAGGCCCCUAAACAAUGCUAGCAACGGCAGUUCGAUGCCAGUCUUGUGCAACCAGAAAUCUGGCAAUGAAAAUCCAUACCUGACAGCGAGGCAAGCAAGAGAUGCAGCUGCAUUGCUGCAAGAGAUGCCGUCGUUGCAAGAUAUGGUGGCCAGCUAUGGUUGGGUUGAUUUCCAAGGUAUUGGCGAAGAUUUCCAAUCGGAUAAUGAACAUCGCGUAAAUGGUAUUCAAAAUUUCUGCAGCUUCACUGAAAGGGGGAUGGAACCAGUGCUUCAGAAGAUUUAUUGAUUUUUAUCGUACUAUUCAAAACUUUUGUUCGUGAUUUUAUAACUUAAAGCGGGUCUCCAGGCAAAGGAUUUUAGGGGAUUUGAUAUUAACUUCCAUGCCGUUGACGAACUCUAAAACGCACCAAGAUAAGUAUAAGUAACAAAGAAAACCAUUUAGAAUCCUCCAACAUAUGCAUUUAUAUUUAAUUCAUUUGAAAUAUGAAAUAUCGCAAUAUAACUAGAGAUUUAUUGGCAGAGAUGAGAGAUUUCAGAUUCUAGCUUUGGCUCAAUGUUCAAAUGAUACCAAUUUUGAUAAUUUUUAGCUUUGCUGACCAAAUUCAUUUUCUUGAGUAUCAUCACUACAUCUAGAAAUUUCCCAUCUUUGUAAAUUUCCACAGCGGCAAAUGUAAUAUAAAAAAGUGAAUUAUAAACACUAUAAUUAAUUCGUGAAUAUCAAUAACCGAAUUAGAUACAUAAUUUUCCAAAUUCAAUAUCAAAUGUAAUAUAAAACGAAUUGCUAACAUUCAUUUUGAACUUUCUAUUUUUAGUUAUUAUAUUCACAAUAGAAACAAACUUAGACUUUGAAUAUCUGCCUUUUAAUGCCUCGGUUCGAGGGAUAUAAAAAUUUAUGUGGCAAAAGGCAAUUGUGGCCAAAUACUGGUUUUUGAUUGGUUUUUGAUUUAAAAGCUAUUGAUACGAUUUCCAAACCAAUCAACAAGAGUUUAUUAGAAUAACAUAAAUUGAAAAACUGGUUAAAUCCUUUAUUAGUUAAUUUCCGUUUUGGCAGUCUCCUUGAUUAACUGAGUUGCAAGUUUUUCUUUAACCAGCAGAAUAAUUUUACCAAAGUUAUCGUUAUUCUCUAUCUUAUUAUCUAUAUUAUUUAUGUGCAAAACUUGAUAUGCUCUCUGAAUCGAAAGAGUUGGAGACUGUGCGAGAAUCAAGGCGAAUCAUACUCAUCUUGCUACUUGCAAUUCACAAUUACAGUGUAACCCCGUUGACUAGACCUCCCACCCCCAAAGACAUACAUAACUGCUUAGCAUUCCCUUUGACCCUUCCCAAAUCGGUCCAAGCCCCCCUAAACUCAAACAUUCGUUUACUGGAACAACUUCAUUCCCUUCGAGGCUUGAAUUUUCUGGAUCAUACUGUAGAUUUUAAAUUUGAUUUAAAAAUGUUGCGUUGAUAAACUGAGGAGAGCUUGAACUACGACUAUUUCGUCGUUAAAUUGUCUGUCCAGAAAACUAUACAACCUACGUUCAUCUAAUGGUUCACAAUUAAAUCCACCAAAAAUUGGAAUUGCAUAGUCAUGUUCUUGGCUACCGCUUUGAUUUAUCAGUGGGGCCUUGAAAUCGGCAUACAGCUCUGCAUUCUGAUUGGUCAAUAUCGAUUUGCUGCUGUCAUAAUAAUCAUAACGCAUUGACUUCAAGCUAGGUUUCUCUUCGGACAAGGGCGUGGCCAUUUCAUUUUGCCUGUCUACAAGAGGGCUGACUAUUGACACACUGCUCUCUGAUUCAAAUCGAAGCCUCUUAGGACUGUAAGAUUCGUGCAUACUUCGAAUGAGCGCUCUUUUCUUCGCCGAGUUGCAUGUGCGAUGUACAAGUGCGAUCAAAUCAGGCCUAUCUCUUCGAAAAUUCGGAUGCUCAAAGUGCAUGUCUACAGUUGGGUCUCCUUUGGCAUUAUUUAUCUGUAAUUUUCGAAAACCGUAAAGAUUCAAUUGUCGAACGAAACUGGCGAAAUUCUUUGUUUUGAACAUUUCGUCGUCAGUCUCUAGAACUUGAUCUUUAAAUGUUUCGAUGUCGGAAAUUACGAGAGAUCGUCCAUCUGGAGACCAGCGAAUUGCAUUCUUGUACUUCUGUUGCUGUAGAAGCAGUCGUAACUUCGCUACAAAUGGGCUCAUUGGCUUGCAUUUUUGGGAAAGAGGCAACGGAGAGUGGUUUUCAUCGCAAAUUGUUGACAUUUUGAACUACAGCCACUAGAAGAUUGUAAAAGGUUUUGAAGGGUUAACUUAUUUUGAUAAAAUUGUCAGAAUAAAACACAUAUUUAGCAUUUUCAGACAGAGCUGUACGUUAUAUUGUUGCAGGGUGAUGCAUCACAUUCAUUAUUUCAUUGAAAAAAUUAUUAGGCCAAGGAAUAAAUUUGGCUAAUCAUUAAUUCUCUUAGAAAUGGAAGCUUAAAGAUUUUAUGUUAGCCAAAUAACAAAACUGUAACUAAAGAAUUGAAAGCAUGACAUCAGCUAAAGCAAAACUUAUCUUGGUUUGAAUUUAACUAAUUCUAUAUUUGGUACGUAUUUAAAAAAGUUCUUGUUGAAAACAUUUCUCUAACACUUCGUUGUUUGGCAUGAACGUUUAUCUGAACCAUUUAGUGUUUUAAAAAUUUUAAUCAGAACCCAAGAACAGCCAGUUCAAAGAAAGAUAAUUUGCACAUAUUGGCGGCACUGACGAAAAGAUUUUUGUCGCAAAUACAAUUUAGGUUUAAUAAUAACGUGUUCGACGAAAGAAGGUUUCAAUUUUCUUUUUUUGGUACUGCUCGUUCUGUUCCAGAAAACUCUAACCUUUUGUUAGCACACUGACGAAAGAAAAUUUAAAAUGGCCUAGAAUGCCUCAUGUCCAGAUACUCGUUCGAACUUUUUUGAAAAGGGUAUAAAUUAGAUGACUUACCUCGAGGGACCAACUAGUUGUCAUCCAAGUAUUUAUUGCUAAAUUUGUACUCGUCUUUUUGGCUUUAUUGACGCGCAACUUUAGGUCUGGUAGGCCAAUAGGUAGGUUGGUUAAACUAACUGGAAAAAGAAACUCGAGGAUGAAAAAGAAUUUUAGUGGAAACAUUCUAUUUAUUGACGUGAUUUACGAACUUCGACGCGGCAGGCAAAUUAACCAAUCAGACACAAGAAGCCAAUAAUGUGCCAUGAGGCAACACGCGAAUGGAAGAACAAGUAACAACUUGCAAUUUGUAGAGGCCAUGCUCACGGUCAGUUUAUUGCAUUAGGUAUUCAUCAGAGAUAUUGAUUUUGUAAAAAGGAAGAGGAGAUUUUCUAUGUAUUUAUUGCGAUUUGUGCAUCAGCUAUGCACAAAAGUAAUUUCUUUAUUCAACAUCAGGAUAAUACUAUGAAGAAUUAAUUCAAUAUUACUAUGCAGAAAAAUUUACUGUGCAACAAGGCUUUAAGAUAUAAACUGCCCUCUUGCAAUAGAUUAUCUUUUAAGCCUUUGGUACCGUAGCCAGCAGCGGUUUUAGAGACUGCGGGUCUCGGGGCCAAAAACAUCUCCGGAGCUCUCGUUUUUUACAAUUUCUAUCUUUUUUCUUAGGUGUUGGGCCC